CUCCCUUGCUUCCACGUCAGUAUUUGUUUACGAUGGAAUCUACUUUGUCUCAUAUACCCGAUCUUCCACCGGAUAAGGAUUUUCAUUUGUUUGUCUGUUAUAUUCGGGAGAAUUUACAUGAUGUGCACACAAUCGUUGCUAACCUUGAGAGGGCAGGAUUGCAGUGUUGUUACCAUGAGCGUGAUUUUACACCAGGGAGUUCCAUAUUGGAUAACAUGAUGUACACUAUCAGUCGAAGCCUACAUAUGCUUGUUGUUCUAUCCGAAGACUUUGUAAACAGUCCAUAUGCUGUUCAUGAACUUAACGAGGCACUGCACAUCCGAAUAAGCGAGGGUUACUCUAUUAUCCCUAUAAAAAUCGAGCCAUGUCAGGUACCGGAUGCGAUGAAACACAUCACCUGGAUCGAUGCAGAAAACGAUGAUGUAAAUGAUAUGCACCAUAAGAUCCUCGAUGCCUUAUUGAAAACAGACACGAGUUUCGAGCUGAAAAACACCAACAACGGCCAGUCUUUGCUCUUUAAGCUGAUGCCUUUUGCCGGUUGUCUGAGCUUUACAAGAUACGGGCUGGUAUUCGACUACCACGACAGACAAGAGAUUUGGAGGAACGGGUUUAAGUUGAGCACACAAAACUUGGACACAUUGGAAGAGCUUGUGACUAAAUCGGCCUUUGUUCGAUACCGGCACGUUUUUAAAAGAUUCAAGUUUAUAACAUUUAUUGUUUACAUCUUAAUGUCGCUCCUGUCGAUGUUUGUCGGUUCCAUCUUUACUACAGUGGCGGCGGCUCGCGGAACACAACAUUCAUCUGACCAUUCUACAGAUGCGUUUUUAGGCUGUGCAUUUUGGAUAUUAAUGACAUCCAUUGUACCUCUAGCAUGCUGUUGCGCGGAUUGCCUGUCGUGCUUUCAGCUAAUGAAGGGUUUGCGAAUAAAGGCAUGGAGAAAAUUGAUAGACGACUUAUGGCUGAUAAAUAAAAGAGCAAGAAAACGAAAGCUCCUUAUCUUCUAUGACCUCGAUAGGGACGCUUUAAGAAUAAUGCGGUACAACUUCAAUCCUUGUAUGGCAUAUUUUCUUCGACGAUGUGAAAGGAAAGAGACGAUGCAAAGAUUGAAGGUCGAGGAUGAAACAUUGAAAGACUACGCCGUUCGUCUAUUUGAUGAUUUUUUGGAAUCUGACAUGUCCCGCCUGUUUCACCCAGAGCCCGGUCUGGAGCGCCACAAGAUGACGAAUGGUGCUCGCUGUAUUUGCAUUCAAGUUGAAGAAUCACUGGAUCUUGACAAGUUGUAGAUAUUCGAUAUCAUGAUCCAACGUUUGUGAACUAUGUCUUCGUGAAAUGCAUUGCUACAUAGUGAAACGAAAAGUAAAAUAUAAUGUGUAAAUAUUGUUUACAAUGCGCAGUAGGAAUAUUACUUCUUAUUGCAUGCUUUCGGUGGUUUAUCGAAACACCCAAAAGUAAAUAUUUCACUCUGUUCAAAUGUAGUUGUUGCUGCUUACUCUGUGCAACAAAUUGCUUUCUUAGAAUGAAACCAACAAUUACCCUUUAUAUGAAUGUUUAUUUUCCAAUAUAGCCACGUUCAAGAUAAACCUAUUCCAUAAAUGUUUCAUCCGUUCAACUGUUUACAAAUAUGUAAUACUUUCACAUUUGUCCUGAGAACUAAAAACAACCAAUCUUUUAACACUACAAAUGUAUGAACAAAUUUGUAUUUUGUAUCCAUUAUGUGUAGAAAUAACUGACUAAUUGUAUUGUUAGGAAUCUUUCAAAAUUUGUAUUUAAUGCUAUGACAAAACAUACUCUUGCUAUCUGCUUCUUGAUUUGGUGUAAUGUAUUCCUUUAUCAAUGUUAUAUAUAUAUGUAUCUUGUCUAGCUUAAACUAAUACUUGUCAGUUAUUAAUGUGUUUAAUUGUUGAUUUUGAUGAGGCCAAUUGUGUAUAUAUUAUGAUGGUUGUGGCCAAAGCGGGCAUUUAUUCGCCAAUACUAAACUGCUGAGAUUAAGCAUCUUGCUAUGAACUGAACUCUUUGAAAUAAACGUGAAUAAAUUGAAGCAAACAACCA